AUGUGCUCGCUUCAUUCGGUGUUUCGUCUUCCUUCCUUGAAUUGUUGUUUGAAAUGUUUUCUUUGUUUAAUUCAAGCUUCUCUUCUGCCUCUUUUAUCUUCUCCUGGUCCACGUGGAUGCUCUUGUUGUUUCCUGUCACAAAUCCAGUUGCAAACUGCUCUGCCUUGGCUGGCUCCAGGUUAUCGAAGAAUAUUUCUGAGAAAUCUGCUUCUGCUAUGCUACUCAGAGACUCCUCUUUGGUGUUGUCUGACUCCUCCUGUUCCACAAACGUGCUCAUGUUUCCCUCUGAGUCCCAUUCCACCCUCUCAUCCUGCAAUGAGUCGCUCUGAGCAGUUGCCACUUCUAUUUUUGCCUUUUGCAUAG